AGCUGCCUAAGUAAUAGUAAGGACAUGGAGUCUCCAUUUGAAACGCUUGAAACAGCUGCUUGGAUUUGUGAUUGCUGCUUUUCUAACUGUAAGCAGUAGUGCGCAAACUUUUAUUACCAGAUAUUAACGUUAGAAAUUAACUUUUAUAUUAACAGGUGUUUUUAAUGUAAUAGCGUUUUUUGGCUAACUACAUGAUCUGAAACCAACAUAAGACCACGCCCAUUGAUGCGUUUGAUUUGGCAGAGCUGCUUACAUUCAGACUUGGUUAACAUUUAUAUAUUUAGCUAAAUCGGGACUUUUUUUUUGCUAAAUCUAGGAAAAAAUACGCGAUUUACAUUAAAUCCAGUGGGGGAAAAAAACUGUUAACAUUGGUGCUUUUUAACUUGUCGCGCCAUAUAUGGAGGCCGCCAUUUCAGCUGUUCACUGCAGUUUCACGGACAGUCGACACUUCAAACAUAAUUGCCAAUCACCAAUGCCCUCGCCUGUGGAGAGUUUAUAUUCUGGCUACACAGUGAACAUGGCAUGCUGUUGGCACACUCUCGGUGUGCUUCUCUGUGUCGCUGUCUUGGCAGUCUACACCCAGAUGCUUGGGGGUCUUCAAGACGUUUCUACAGACAGAGAGGAUGUGCAGAGGGCAGCCAGGUUUGCUGUCGCUGAAUACAACAAAGCAUCCAAUCAUCCGUAUUCCAGCAAGAUGAUCCGGAUUGUCUCAGCCCAAGUACAGUUUGCAUGUUUCAACAGGUGGUUGCUGGAUUUAAAUUUUACCUGCAUAUUCAGAUGGGACGCACUACACAUGGCUGUCAUAAUGAGGAAUUCACAUGCAGAUUUGUGGUCUUGGAGGUUCUCUGGAAAAACCUAACGGAGCUCCUGGAUACAAAGUGCAAUAGCCUGCCAUAAACGGGAGGGGAACAACUUUAGCAGUGGUUAAAUAACCAGCAAUGUAUAUUGUUGUUCUGUCAGUAUCCUUGCAAGAGUUUAAAACUUACUGUAUAUUAAGCCUUUCUGCCACCUUUACAGUUGUGACUUGUUAAAAGCAUUAGGGUUCUGAUUUAUAACGGAAGUGGUAACCUCCACUAUCAUAAAUUAAUGUAUAUAUUCCUUCAAUUAAAACCACUGUGGUAACAUAGCAGUACACUUUUAGGUGUCUCUUCUCCGUUGAUAUUAACUUGAGUUGCCCAUGAUGAGAUGUUUCCCCUUCAUUGUGAAUGGUGACCUCUGGAUACUGUUAUUCAAUGACAAGCACAUUAAACCAUGUACUAUAAAAUGUGACCUAUAAAGAUGUAAUCCUUGUGAAUAACCAUAUAUGUAGUUAACUUCAUUAAAACAUUAUGGACAAAAGAUAAGAA